AUGUUGAUAGCCCUUGCUACGGUGCUGGCGGCGGUCUCGUGCUGGGCAAUACUGGGCGGAACGACGUCAGCUGCCUCGAAAGAGUCGGGGUGCCAUAUUGAUACAUCUCUCGACGCUGGCAUCCACCAAGCGACAGCAUGGGAAGCACUGUUCAUCUACGACGUCUUCGUUUUCGUCCUGACCGUGCUCCGGACGUGGCGUGCGCCGAGCAUGCAUCUACGGAGCUUGACCGGAAGAGUCAGUUUGGUUCGUGUCCUGCUGAGAGACGGGGCAAUAUAUUUUACAGUAAUGGCCGCCGCCAACCUUGCUAAUAUCCUGACGUUCUACCUAGCAGACGAUGCGCUCAGGGGCGUGCUCUCCACGUUCGCGAGCAGCAUAUCAGUGGUUAUGGCAUCGCGCCUGAUGCUGAAUUUAUACCAAGCGGCCGAGCCGCCAGAGUCGAACAGUCGUGACAUCUCCUGGGCACCGCCCUCAACAGGAACGAUGUCCAUCAGUAUACGGCUUGUCUCACCGCGCACACCACGACUUGGACCGAGGUUAGAGUCUCAACGCGGAAUAGAGGACGUUGAGCUACGGGACAUUGGAGAAGUAAGGAGGGACCCGGAAUGUGCUGUUGAUAGAAGAUAA